AUGUGGAAUGAUGCGGACCUUUACCACGCUCAGCGGGACUUCACGUCGGAUCCGGUAUCUUAUCCUGGAUAUGAGAUGAGAAUUUUCAUUCGAGAGCUGGCGGCAAAUUAUCAGCAUUAUAUUGCAAAUGUCGAUGCAGCAAUAGCUAAACAAGUCAAUGCUACAGACAUCUACGAUCCAUAUACGAAGGGUGUUGAAUUAGACAUAUGGGUCAAGAAUCCUGACGGUUCACAAUUUAUUGGAGAAGUCUGGCCCGGCUUCACAGUCUUCCCAGACUGGUUUGCAAACAAUACACAGGCCUAUUGGACGGAGGCUCUGAGGAACUGGUCUAAUGGCGGAAUUGAGUUUUCUGGAAUCUGGCUAGAUAUGAACGAGGCCACUUCUUUCUGCAACAAUUCAUGUGGGACGGGGGCUAAUAUGUCAGACCCGCCCCCGGUCCUCUUCCCUGGAAAUCCCGGAGAUCUCAUUACUGCUUAUCCUGAGGGAUAUAAUUCGACCAUAUGGGGACCCAGCGGUAACAUGAGCAUCAAUGGAACCUUGACGUAUGGCUCAGAUGGGCCAAGCGUCAGCUCCUCUCUGACAAGGCGUGGAAUCGGCGCGGAACAUCAACCGGAUGCUAAUCUGAACGCCCCUCCAUACGCAAUUCAUAACGGAUUUGGACCCCUUAACAUUAAAACCAUAUCACCGAAUGCCACUCACGCUGGAGGGUAUGCGGAACUCGACGUUCACAAUAUGUAUGGUCUCAUGGAAGAAAAAACGACGCACAUUGCGUUCAAGGAUAUCCGCGGCACGCGGCCGUUCCUCAUCAGCCGUUCUACGUUCCCAAGUUCCGGAAAGUGGAGCGGGCACUGGCUCGGAGAUAACUACAGCAAGUGGACCUAUAUGCACUAUAACAUCCAGGGCGCGUUGCAGUUUCAGAUAUUCCAGAUUCCGAUGGUUGGUGCAGACACGUGCGGAUUCACGGGAAACACGGACGAGGAGCUGUGCAACCGCUGGAUGCAGCUGUCGGCGUUCAUGCCUUUCUAUCGGAAUCAUAAUGAGAGGGGUGCGAUCCCACAGGAGCCAUAUCGCUGGGAGAGUGUAGCAAACGCGUCGCGCACAGCUAUUGCCAUACGCUACUCAAUGCUGCCAUACUGGUAUACGCUAUUCGCCAAUGCAUCGAUGCGCGGAUCCCCCACAGUACGCGCCCUCUUCUGGGAAUUUCCCGACGAGCCCGAAUUGUUUGCCGUUGAUAGUCAAUAUAUGGUCGGACACGAUAUUCUCGUGACUCCGGUUUUGACCCCAAACGUGACCUCAGUAGAAGGAAUUUUUCCCGGUCGCGGAGAAGUGAUCUGGCGCGACUGGUACACCCACGAAGUUAUCGACGCAACCAUCGGAGGAAACACGACGCUAGAUGCGCCCCUUGGACAUAUCAACGUCCACGUCCGGGAUGGCUCGGCGAUCCUUUUGCAUGGUCGGCCUGCGUACACAACCACAGAAACCCGUGCUGGACCCUAUAACCUGCUUAUCUCUUUGUCUGCGGACGGCGACGCCUUUGGCACUGCCUACGUCGACGAUGGGGAGACCAUUCCGCCGACGCCGAACAUGACGUUGACCUUUGCUGCUGCUGAGAACACUCUAAACAUUUCGAGCAUAGGUGACUAUUAUCUGGCUCAGCCACUUGAAAACAUCACGAUCCUUGGCACUGCAUCCCCCGUUUCAGUCUCCGCACAUGUGGGUCACUCGGAGAGGAAGAACUUGGAAUGGGAGUAUGUCGAGCGACAGGAGAAGUUGGUGGUGUACAAUGCGGGCCUGAACUUGAACCAAAUAACUUCCAUAUUGUGGCAGUAA